AUGUGUCUUUUAAUCUUUUAUUUUGUGUAUCGUCGUCGUGUGGGUGGUGUUUCCGUCGGUGAUGAUGACCAACAACAACAACAAAUUUCAUCAUUCCUCUUUCAACAACAAGAACAACAACAACAACAACAACAUUCAGAACCAAAUUCUCUUCUUCGUUCUCUAAAAUCUCAAACCUCUCCUGCCACUAAUCAUCCUCAUCCCAAUUCAUACAUUAUGGAAGACCAAGAUGGAGUCAUUCAUGCCUUUGAUCUCGAUAACCAACGUUUAGAAUGGUUACGCAAAAACCUCACGACACGACUCAAUAUUUCGUUGGAACAUCAUUUAGCCACACUCGAAUAUCAAGAAUGUUCAAAACUCACCGAUGCCGAACGAUGUACUCCGAGGCAUGUUCCGUACUAUUUGACUCCACAGCAUGUCCAUUUGUUUCAACCAUAUACAUAUCCGACGGAGGAUCGAAUAGAAGCUAAAUUUGCAUUCAAGAGAAGAGUGAGAGGUUUUUAUAAUUUCAUUCCUGUUGUUAACAACAACGUUGUUGAAAAUCAUGAUGCUCAGAGGGGUCAAAGUGGUGAUGGUGGUGGAAAAGAUGGAGAAGAUGUAAAAGGUCACCCGCUCCAACAUUCUUCAUCACAUCGAAAUGAUACAAUGAAUCAAAAUCAUAAUCAUACGAGAGGUCGUAAUGCCUUCUUUUCAUCGUCGAGUUCAGGAAUGGAAUUUCAGAAUCAAUCUCAAGAGGAAACAAAAAAGAAUGCAUCCACAAAUGCUACUGCCUCUGUUUCUUCCUCCUCCUCCUCCAUGAAAUACAUUCAAAUCAAAGAAACUGAAUUUAGAAAUUAUUUUUUCACACAUCGUGAAGAAUUUCGUCGAGCAAGUCAAUUGCAAGUCAAUGAUAGUGCUUUAUUGGAUUGGAGAGAUGACAUGAAUAAUUUGAAUUUUGUGUUAAAUUCUGAAAAAUUUGACAUGUCUCUUUUUGGAAAUCAUAAUGAACAUUUGCCCAUAUGGUUGAGAUGUUUCAAGAGAACAUUUCCACUCGUUGAAACAUUGAAAGCAGUGUGUCGAGUUCAUGACAUUGAAAAAAGUAUAAUCUAUGUGACCAUUGACGGAAAUGAAUUUGAUGAAAUUUUAGAACUUCUCACCACUGUGACAUGUGUGAAAAUGCACAUUUAUUUUCACAAUUUUGAACGCAAUUUACGAAAUUUACUUGGUGAUCGUUUCGAUCCUUCCUUCCUCGAUAUGAAAAUUCCCAAAAUGUCCACUCAUGCCAUCUGGGGUCUUCAUUUACUCUUUGUCAAGUACAGUUACCUCUAUGUCAUUACAUUAGAAGAUGAUUUAAAACCAUUACCUGAUUUCUACAAUUAUCAUCGAUCCAUGUAUCAUUUAACCUUAGAUCCAAGUCCUUCCAAUAUUUAUAUUGCAGUGAGUUCACAUGCUCAUUCCAUGUCUCAUCAUUGUCGUUUCAUUAACACCACACUCGUCACUGAGCAAUUAAUUCCCUAUGAAGAUUCAUUCGAUGAAUACAUGUAUGAAAAGAUCAUUUCGUAUGGCACGAAUCUCAAUGAUGAUGAGGGAGAUUUGGAAUUGGCACCUUUCAUGAAAGGAUCACGGAGAGAAGUUCCUGAAGAAUUAGUCACAACAAGAGUGAUGAACACAGAAUCACAAGAAGAAGAAGAACCAAAACAAAUAAUGAUCAUGAUGGAUGAAGAAAUAGCACCUGGUGGUAGUAGUGACUCGAAAGUGAGAUCUUCCUCAUUUCAACCGAUGAAACCAUCACACGAGCAUGUUCGAGUCGAAUUGAAACAAACACCACCACCACCACCACUACACAAUAGUUUAUUAGGAAAUGACAUGAAAGACACAUCUGUUAAUAUCAAUAAUAAUGAAAUUGCUGUCAAGACUACACCUCCUGCAAUUCCAAGUAGAAUUGAAAAAAGCUCACCAUUAAUGGAAUCAACAACAACCACAACGACGACGAAAUCCUCAUCAACUACUCGUGAGGAUGGUGUUGCUGUUGCUGCUCCUCCUCCUCUUUCAUUACAAGAAAAUCACGAAAAGAAACCAUCGGAUGUACCUCCAAGCAACGUUCAAAGUGUCGAAUCCUCUCAUGUGACUGACACGAAAUUUACAACACCAGAAACUUUUGAAACAAAGCCAACAACUAGCUCCUCAACAUUAGAAAGACCAACAAGUUCAGAGAUUGGAUCAUCCAAGAACGAAGAAGAAGAAGAAAUGAAACACAUGAUUCAGAAACAAGAUGUGGAAUCAUUGAAAGCAGCUCUCCUCAAAGCAUUUCUUAACGAAAAGAAACAUCAAGAAAAGAAAAAACAACAUAUGGUUGUCAAAGUGAAGGAAAAGACUUUUCAUCAGAAAUCAUCAAAGUAUGCUCGUCGUCGUCACCUUCGUCAUGGUCGUCGUAACACUCUCUCGAUUCAAGAAAGCAAUACAAGUAGUAGUAGUAGUCCAACAAUAUUUUCAACAUCUCCUCAUGAAGAGUCCUCUACCUCCACAACUUCAACAACAUCCAAUUCUUCAUCCACCAACGAAAACAACAACAGCAACGACUUGAGCAUGAUCAACAACACUAGCGAGAAUUCACCUUCACAGCCUCUACAAGAACCAUCAUCAUCACCAACAAGAAUUACAAGAGCUCCAUCCUCUCGAUAUCCCACUCCUGAACUUGCUCCACCACCUCAUUCCAUCAUUCCUUCUUUCUCUCUCAAUGCUUUUAUUGAAUAUUCCAUUUUCAAGACUGAUAAAUGGUACUUUUUGGGUGUUCUUAUUCGAGAUUUAAGAAAACCUCAUGAGAGAAGUAUUAUGCCAUGUUCAGAUCGAAUUACAAGAAUUGAUAAUUUAGGACAAAAUGGUGCCAAGAAUGGUGAAGUGAGAUAUUGGGAAAUUGCAGCUGAUUUUUGUGAGUAUUAUCAAGAAAAAGAAAGAAGAGAAGGAAUUUCACACAAGAGACAAUAUGUUUUUAUUCCUUCUUAUUAA